AGGCGGAAGCGGAAGCGCGAGUCUCCCCGGGAGUGAUGGCCGCCGGGGGUCUGAGCCGGUCGGAGCGCAAGGCGGCGGAGCGGGUCCGGAGGCUGCGGGAGGAGCAGCAGAGGGAGCGCCUCCGCCAGGUGUCGCGCAUCCUGAGGAAGGCGGCGGCCGAGCGCAGCGCGGAGGAGGGCCGGCUUCUGGCCGAGAGCGAGGACCUGGUGACCGAGCUGCAGGGCCGGAGCAGGCGGCGCGAGGGCCUGAAGCGGCGGCAGGAGGAGGUGUGCGACGACCCGGAGGAGCUGCGGAGGAAAGUCCGGGAGCUGGCUAGCGCCGUCCGCAACGCCAAGCACCUGGUCGUCUACACGGGCGCGGGGAUCAGCACGGCAGCUUCUAUCCCAGAUUACCGGGGUCCUAAUGGAGUGUGGACGCUGCUUCAGAAAGGAAGAAGCAUUAGUGCUGCUGACCUGAGUGAGGCCGAGCCGACCCUCACCCACAUGAGCAUCGCCUGCUUACACGAGCAGAAGCUGGUGCAGCACGUGGUGUCUCAGAACUGUGACGGGCUCCACCUGCGGAGCGGGCUGCCUCGCACAGCCAUGUCGGAGCUCCACGGGAACAUGUAUAUCGAAGUCUGCACAGCCUGCACUCCCAACAGGGAGUAUGUGCGGGUGUUUGAUGUGACGGAGCGCACCGCCUUGCACCGACACCAGACCGGCCGCACCUGCCACAAGUGCGGGGCCCAGCUCCGGGACACCAUCGUGCACUUUGGGGAGAGGGGGACACUGGGACAGCCUCUGAACUGGGAGGCGGCCACCCAGGCUGCCAGCAGAGCAGACACAAUCCUGUGCUUAGGUUCCAGCUUAAAGGUUCUAAAGAAGUAUCCACACCUCUGGUGCAUGACCAAGCCCCCCAGCCGGCGGCCCAAGCUCUACAUUGUGAACUUGCAGUGGACCCCGAAGGAUGACUGGGCUGCCCUGAAGCUGCACGGAAAGUGUGAUGACGUCAUGCGGCUCCUCAUGGAUGAGCUGGGCCUGGAGAUCCCCCGCUACAGCAGGUGGCAGGACCCCAUCUUCUCGCUGGCCACUCCCCUGCGUGCGGGUGAAGAAGGCAGCCACAGUCGCAAGUCGCUGUGCAGAAGUCGAGAAGAACCUGGGCCUGGGGACCGGGGUGCACCACUUAGCUCAGCCCCUGUCCUGGGCGGCUGGUUUGGCAGGGGCUGCACCAAACGCACAAAAAGGAAGAAAGCAACGUAACCUGGUGCUUGACUGAGAACAAUGAUGGCACUUUGCAAAUGGCCGGGACUCUUGUUCAGGGGCAAGUGGCACUGUUAAGGCCAGGACUGCCCCUGGAAUUCUCUGGGGGUGACAUUUUCACCCUGACGUGUUUAGCCAUUUGUCCUUGUGGAAAGCUCCCUUGCACUGCUGUGGUUGCCCCCCGCAUGGGCCUAAUGAUGGAAGACACCUCGCCCAAGCAGCCUCUUCUAAAGAGGUGGCAGCCACACCCUCUGUGAAAACAGGACUCGGGUUAUUUCACACCUGGCCAGCUAAGAGGAAGCACACGGCUGCCUUACCUCAUUCACUAGGCUAGUCUCAGGGGCCUCAACUCUUAUUUCUGCCACUUCUUACUAAAAAUGUUAAAUUUAUAGAAGCCUUUUUCUGUAUUGGGUAUGCUGCAAAGGAGUGGUUUUUGAGCCUUGGCUCUCAGCAGGCCUUUUUAUUGUUAUUAAAUAUCUCUGCACUGUC